ACGUAAUUUCCGUAUUUCCGUGUGGAGCGCAGCAGUGAAAGCGAGGCUCCAAAGUCCAGAGAAGCGCCCGCAGAGUGUGGAGUAUAUCGCUGGCUGCAGUUCAGCUCCUGUUUAUCCGAGUUAUUAAUCUUAAAUAAUUCAAAUAAAGCCAAAGAGCGCGUGGAGAUGGCAGAGAGUGACUGGGAUACGGUGACCGUGUUGAGGAAGAAGGGAUCCGCCGCGCAGUCCAAGUCCAAACAGGCUGUAACUGCUGCCCAGAGACGAGGAGAAGAUGUUGAAACUACAAAGAAGUGGGCUGCUGGUCAGAAUAAGCAGCAUGUUGUAACUAAGAACACAGCCAAACUAGACAGGGAAACAGAGGAGCUCCAUCACGAUCGAGUGCCUCUGGAGGUCGGCAAGGUCAUUCAGCAAGGCCGACAAGCUAAGGGCUUAACUCAGAAGGACCUGGCCACUAAAAUUAACGAGAAACCCCAAGUCAUCGCAGAUUAUGAAUGUGGCAAGGCCAUUCCCAACAAUCAAGUAAUGGGAAAAAUUGAGAGAGCAAUUGGACUUCGACUGCGUGGAAGGGAAAUUGGGCAAGCUUUUGAAGUAUUGCCUAAGAAGAAAUGACCGAAAAAUCCUCGAAAUCCACCACUUAGCCUACAGAAUCCCUUCACUAUUCAGGCCUUUUAAUCAGUCUUCACAUGCUGCUCUCUCAUCCAUUCCCUUUCCCCUAACAGUAAUAAAUCUGCUUUUUCCAGUGGUGGACCAAAUGUCAUGUAAUUGACAUUAUAAGAAUGACAGUGUAAUAUCUUCUCUUACUUAGAUUGAUCAUGGAGUGCUGCAUCACUUAAGAACACUGCUUUUUUUUUUAAUUUUUGAAGACUGAACUGAACUGUCAUGUGUUCUUUACAUUUUCAUAAUUUAAUGCUUGCUCUCAAGUUGAAAUAAAAUAAAGUUUUGCAUUCGGUGUAAUUGCAAAGUACA